GAAAAAGAUACUGAACUAGAGCAGCCACUGGUUGAAGAAAAUGAAGGGGUGCAGUCUAGUGAGGAAUCAGAUGGUGGGUAAAGAUUGAGUUCCAGAAACUAGUUGAUGAACUCAAAGUGAAUGCACCAAUGGAAACAGAAGAAUCAGGAGAGGGAAAUGAGAAUAAUACUAAGAAACCAUCUCUUGGGAAUGAAGAAACAAAUGAUGUAGCAAGCAUCAUGUUGAAUGAAAAUAAACCAGAAGAGAAGCUUGCACAGCAAGAAACACAUCUUGAUGUUCAAGAAUCUGUUGCUAGAGAAACAAACAUUGGUGAUGCUAAAAACACAGAAACUUUGGCCAAGAAGGAAACUGAACCAUCGGUAGAUUUAUCUGCUACCAAGCAUAAUGCAGAGUUGAAUGGUAACAUGAUGUUAUUGGAAGAGAAUGAGAAGCUAAGGAAGAUGAUGAAGGAGUUACUUGGAGCUGGGAAUGAACGAUUAAGUGUAAUAUCAAAUUUGACUGGGAGAGUGAAAGAUUUGGAGAAUAAGUUAGCCAAAAGUAGGAAGAGUAAGAAAGUGAAGACAAAGAGACAUAGAUCAGUAACUCCCAAAGUGUCAUGUGAUAACUCUACUGAAUAAUAAGUGAUUCUCAACACUGUAAGUAUUGUAUGUUAAGAGUGAGAUGUGGUAUGAGUCCUUAUGUAUAAUUGUAAUGUUUGUGAUAUGAAAAUAUGAAUAAUGUUAAGUUUCAUUUUUGUA